ACCUCAGCUCCGCCCACAUGCUGUUUCGUCUGUAGCAACUCUAGUGAGACGUCCACAGGGCCAUAUCAUCUGCCUGGCUCCCCCUACACGCCCCCUCCAGCAAUUGCUACACCAUGGCCGAACAGGAUGAAGUUGCGAGCAAGGUCCUGCGAAGGGCACAGGUCUCAAAGAUGACUCGGACGCUGCAGAACCGCCUCGCUCUGGCCAACGUCAAGAUGAAGAACGGCUGGGAGAGUCUCAGCCUGGAUGCCAUUGAGCCUGUCCUCGACGGUGUCGAGCGCAAGCGCAAGCGCCCCGGCUCCAGCAACGAAGCCAUGUCGGACGUAUCCAGCGUCUCCGAGCGCUUCUACCAGCCCAGCAUCCUCGACUCCUCCCCCCUCCAAGCGCCCAUAUUCUCAGACGACGUCCGCCGCUCAGUCAGUCGGUCCGUCAGCACCGGCAGCUACAUCCACAACAAGCGACCUCGUCACGACCGAACAAAGUACCCAGCAUCGAGCAACCACGCCCGUGUCAAAGUAAGGACUGCCACCAGUGCUGCCACCUCGUGGAAGAACAACUUCCACUUGCCCGAGUCCUCGCCUGUAUGCCAUCGCAGACAUGCCCGUUUUGGCCGUCAGCAUGUUCCGAGCCUGUCCUUUGUCUCUGAAACCUCGACCGUUCCCGAUCCGCAUUCACCCCUACUGUCCGAAGACGACGACGAAGACCUACCCAUUACAUCUUUCUCCCUGAACAGAUCGCAUUUCCAACCAUCCUUCCAGUCAUCACCGCCCAAAACCCCACGCACACCGCCCCCAGAUGUUGCACGUUCAGCACGUCUUCGACAACGGGGGUUCAAUGCUGCCGGCGCAGCUCGGGAAGGCAAACAUGGGGACAACGACGCAAACCUCUUGAUGUAUCUCGCAACAUCACCCACACCGGUUCGACCUGGUCACCAGAAGCCACAAAUGCUUGCCCCAUCAACUCCACCGCCCAAAGCCACACCCCUUCCCUCGUCGAUGAUGUCCACGCCUGGUGGUGGUGGCUCUCAUUAUACAGGCUUCGGUCUUGCGACACCGUCAACGAACCUCAACUUUGCAGAGUUCCUCAACAUGUCCCCGAGCCCUGCGCAGGUCAAUGCAUCGUCGUGGAACCGCACACCUGUCGCCACCAGAACACCUGCUGCUGUCCGCGAAGCACGGCGUCAUCUCAACUUCGACAAUAUUGCUCCAUCUGGUGAUGCUUCACACAUGACUGGCCACAUGGGAAAAGUAGAUAGCUUCGGCAUGGACCUCGGCGGUGAACUCAUCUCGUAAAGUUCAUCUCAUCUACCAUACACAACAACCCAGCAAGCGUUUGGGCACGACGCAACGACACUCUGGCGACAUUGAGCACGUUCAGUGCAUCGCACAACUACCAUUCCAUGCAUUGCUGCUAUUGAGCGGCUUCUCUUAUUCUCAUCUGGAUUCUUUUAAGCAUGGCGUUCACGGAGGCUUGGCCUCUUUCUGGAUUAUGGAAGGCAUUAUCGACACAACCCAUGCAUCACUGCACACGUCUUCUACGUUAUCUUUCGCAUGCAUCCGC